AGGCACUGCCGCUUUAAGAUCAGGGCGUAUCCGCUCUUUGGGAAUCAGGAAGGACGGUCAUGCUGGGAAGAAGUCCCUCUGACCGCGGUGUCUGGUGACCGACCAGACGUUCAACGGUCUCCUGUCGGCAGCAUCACCGGCUCCCCAACAGCUGUCCGCGGUCCUGUCCCUCCAUGGCUGAUACAACGCUGAAUCAAACUAUAGUUAAUGGAAAAGGUGAUGGUGGAGCAGAAGGUGCCAAACCAGACUACACUGCCUUCGUCCUGGUGCCUGUUUUCUUCCUCUUGGGCCUGCUGGGGGUGGUGAUCUGCCAUGUGCUGAAGAGGAAAGGCUACCGGUGCACUACUGAGACCCAGGAUGAUGAUGAUGAUGAUGAGGUUUUUGAAGAAGAACAAAAGGAUCCUGAACUGGGCGGAGAGCUGAAUGACACCAUGAGUGACAACAAUGACACAGUCGGACAGAUUGUUCACUACAUCAUGAAAAAUGAAGCAAACUCGGACGCCCUGAAAGCCAUGGUUCAUGAAAACAGCAUCGAUUCUGACGGUCCUCCGUUCACUCCCACCUCCCCCAGCACCCCGACCCCUCCCUUGACUCCCAUAUCACCGGGGGCGCCUCCAGGAGCCGCCAAGCACACCUGCAACCACCUGCACACCAUCGGUGGCCCAGGUGGCCAGAAGAACAUCUGCACCCGCUGCAGCCAGAAGAAAUGGCCUCUGAUGAGGAAACCGUCGGCGCGUAAGGCAGAGCACCGCCGCAGCCACCACGGAGAGGUCACGGUCCUGGCUGUGGGCAGGUUCCGGGUGACAAAGUGUGAAAAACCAUCCAGGGACAGACGGACGCUGCUUAUAACAGAUUCCAAUGGGAGUGUCCCUACAUCACCCACUGAGGUGGAGCCCAAGAGCCGGACGACGUCUGAGUCCCAGCAGGUGCAAACAGACAACUUGGACAAAGAGAAAUGAUAAAAAUCCAGCUUUCCAAGGAGCGAAGAGAAGCAACAUCUGGACAUUUUUUAAAACCCAAACAAGAACAUUAAAACAUCAGCAGAGGAGGAGCAGGAGUCGUCCCUCCACAUUCUCGCUCCACAUGGAGUGAAACGUGCUGCUGAUGAAGAUGACAGUGGUUAUUUUACAAGUAGAAGGGGGUAAGGUGUGUCUAGUUGUGAUACACUCCAUUUCCUCCUAUAAUAUAUUUACAGUAGUGCCUUGCUCAUGGACUGCAGCAGGGCAGCUGCUUGAUGUCAAAGAACCCUGAACAAGGGCUCUCCCAGUGGACUAAGAUCUUAUUACUCAACAUGCUGAUGCGGUCCAUGAUCUACAGUGGUAGAAAAAAGUUUUCGGACUCCCUUAAAAUUUUACACAAUUUCAAAUAUUAUCAUGAAAUAUUUUCAGAAAAAUCUUUUUUGCAUUUCACAAUGUGUGGCUACAUCAGACAGACACAAACAAAACAAAUGCAAAACUAAAUUCUUGAUGGUGUCAACGUGUCAGUUCUCAACAUUGUUGGUAUCAAAGUUAACAAACAGCAAAGAAUGUGUUCAAAACUGAACAAAAAAUAAACCAUCACAUAACAAAAUUAAUAUUUAGUACUCCUGCCAUUAGCACGCAGUAGUAGUAGAAGUUUAUAAAACUACACCCCCCAGGAACAGGUGCAGCCAGCCUGAGAUACAGUUGCAGGUAGUCAUUCCCAAACAGGAAGAAGGAACAACGUGGUACAGUAGCCACAGAGCCAGGAAACAGACUGGAGCAUCAGUCAGUGUGAUAAGAGGAAAGCAACAGUAAUCACAUCCUGUAAUGGCGUGAACAUGAUGUCAAAGUGUUCCCGGUCAUCAGUGUGAUUUAGCAUUCUUACAGCUCAUGUUGUAAGGUCGAUGUGGCUGCUUUUCAAAUUCAUAAACUCGUUCCCUAAUGUCUGAUAAAGAACAUGCAGGAUUCUGCGUCAAACAACAAAUUAGACAGAAUAUUUCCUGUUAAAGCUGUAAGUCACAGUGUUAUUUUGACAUGAACAGCAAACCUUAAAGCUGCAUGAAUAGUCUUAUUUGUUGUUUUUUUUUUUUGCCCACUCGGGGGCAGUAGAACAAGCUGUAAACACACCAUUGAUAUAUUAUUUUUAGCUAAAUGUUGCCUGUUUACACAUCUAGCACACAUGGAGGAACUUUAUUAUUCACAUGGAGUCGUGUUUGUCCUCACCUGGUGAAUGAAUGUCUUAUAUUCACUCACCUUUUAGCUCCAUUUUGGUCGCUACUGACUCCUGAGAAAUAUCUGCCUCUCUGCCACUGUGUCCACCUGCUAGCUGCUGACUUUGCCUUGUGCUAAACAGGUAGCACACAGUUGGCUUAAUAGGGCUUUUCGGUAAAAACGUCCUGCUUGGGAUUGAUAUAACAUUAAUCAGAGCUGUGAGAGUGAACGGAAAUAAUAAGUAAAGUUGCAGGCCACAAAUCAACAAAUGGAAAGAAAAUUGGAAAACCUGAAAGAUGCCAAAGCACCGUGUAGAGCUGUGUAGUUCAGUAAUAAUUCUCUGUGUUCAUCACAACAAACAACCCCUUUUUCUUACACAUAGUCAUGUUACUAAUUGUUAAUCUCUAAAUAUUGAUUGUUGCAUCUUUAAUUCGAACACGUGGCAUUUAGAAAUUACAUGUAUGUAUUUUUUAGACUGUGCUACAAUUUAAAGUAAGGUAUCUUAUUAUAUUGGCUUAGUUGUAAGACAUCUAAAACAUAAAAUUUUAGUUUUGUUGUUUUAGUUUAAGAUUAUUUAUAGUAGUUAUAGGAAAAAAUAUUUUUUUAUCUAACAAACGUCAAAGCAAAUUGCUUUUACUUGUUCAUUUUAUAUCGGUCUUGUCAUGUUCGUAUCGGCUUCGCUCCAGUGAACAUGUAGAAUGAAUCUUCAUCUGUUGAAGCCAGAUGAAGCUACUUAUUUUAAUUCAGCCUGGAUUUAUCAUAUUUUACCACGAGCUGCAUUUAUAUUAAUCAUCAUUGUACGAAGAGGUCAUGAGCAGAUACUGUACAAAUGACUUAAUCCAUUAAGGAUUAUCUGUCAGUUGUUCCACCAGGAUGUAAGCCUUACUUUUUUUCUAAUGAAAUGUGCCUUUCAUUUCUAAGCACGCGUCUACAUGCAUGAGUGCGUUUAUAGUGAAGGGCAGACGGCGUGCUGUCAUUCAGUAAGCGUUUACAGUGUCAAGAAUCAUGUGUUGUGGAGAGAAAUUCAGUGAAAGAGAUUUUCAGCCAUGUUCAUGUCGAAUGUUACUUUUAAAAAUACUGUAUGGUCUAAAUCUUUGUGUGUAUGUGUGUGUGUGUGCGUGUGUGUGUGUGUCAGAGAGAGACAGAUGCAAAUGAGUGACUUUUGUAAUUCCUCCUCCAAUAAGCAAAGUGUCAUUUCUCUUUAAAGGAAAAUUUUUCAAACCUUGUCUAAUUCCCAAAUGUGGCAGAGAAAUGACAAUGAGGAUGUGAUAAUUAGUUCUCUGUAACAGCCAAAUCAGUUCAGUUGAAUAUUUAGUUUUAAUGUGUAACACUCUUGACAAUACCCAGAAUAAAUCCAUCUUUCUGACGAGGAGAAAGCCAAAUUUAACCAAAGCAAAAAGUGCAGAUGUAUUUUGCACUGACUUCACCUUUGUUUUCCUUUUUUUUUUUUUUAAUGUCUACCUCUUUCUUCCCUGUGUGAAGAAACAUAAGGGAGCAACAUCACGCCAGGAUCAAGCAGAAGAGUGGACUCAAGGUUUGAUCCACUCCACCGACUGGAUACAUAAAAUAUUAGUUUACAAGUCAUAAAGAGGGUUAUCUCAGCCUGGACCACGACUACAGACUUAAAACACAAAGGUCUGGUUUGUAGAGUUUGGCCUGUUCUAGAAACUAAAAGAAUAUCUUGGAUUCUGCUGCUUCGAUUUGGAUCUUUGUUAAAAUCAUUUCAUGAAACUUCAUGUGAGCGCGAUCCCAAAUCAUCGAAGUAGUUCUUUAAAGAUCAUUGUCCUGGAUCAUCACGAUCACAACAUAUUAGACAUGUUUCAUGUUGUAAUUUAUGAAUGUCAUUUCAGUGUGCCUUGUUUUUUAAAAGCAUACCUACACGUUCUGUUAUUCAACUUUUGGGACAGUUGCUGCAUUUUUAUUGUUGUAUAAUGAAAAAAAAAUAAUAAAGCAAAUAAAGAUGACUAAUACAUACCAAAC